UUGUAAGUUACCUCCAGUUUUGCAACUUCAACUGCCGAAAGGUGGAAGGGACGGGCGCAUGAGUCAGCAGCUGUACAGUAGGCUCGUACAGUAAGCCAAGAAAAUACCCGUAGAUAUUCAGGGACAAUCCAGAGGCCCCAGUUCCAGCUGAAGAAAAUCGAAAACAUGAUGCUGCCUCCACCAUAUUUUCUUCACUUGAUGAUGACUGUCUUCACUGUUCCAUGGCAUGGAUCCCUCCAGUGUUUCCCGUUUGGUUAAGCCAUUCUCAGGCACUUUCACAGGACGCCCACCCAAACAUUCUCAACCCCCGGAGACAGUACAGUUGGACAGCACUGAAAAUGACAAUCAUGGUCCCUCCCCCAAUGAGAGAACAGGCAACAAGAAGAAAAGGCACCACUGUGAGGAGUUACCAGAGUGUUGCGCAAUCCCUGUUACAUUGGUGGAGAAGUUCAGUUAUAGCUGUCCAUACUGUGAGGCUGCGUUCACCACAAAGGUCCACCUGCAGAAACACAAGCUUUGGAAUCAUUCAGAGCGGGUCAACAAGGAGAGCAAGAUAGCAGUCACCGUGGAGCCAAUGGCUGAGCUGACAGCUAAGCCCAAACUGCUAUCAAACCCUGUAAAUUCUAAAAAGAGUGUGUGUGGGCCUUGUCGCAGGCCUAUGAAGAACAGCUCAUCCUCACCAGUCUUUUUAAAGAUAAAAAAGACCCAGGAAAUGUCCCAGCCCUCACAGUAUGGUGAGCGCACUGACCAGAGGACAGAGAAAACCCAAGAGUCCAGCUCCCAGCAACAGCAACAAAAGGAAUCUCUAUCAGAUGCCGGGGGCAGUGAGAGCAGGGAAAGCACUUUCCCUGAAGAAGACCCAGAAAGAAUGAAGCAUAAGCUAGGGAGAAAACAGAAAACACCAAAGAAGUUCACUGGGGAGCAGCCCUCCAUCUCUGGAACAUUUGGCCUGAAAGGGAUGAAUAAGGUGGAUGAAAAGCUGAAAGUAUGCAGGACAAAGCGACCAGAGGGGGCACAUUUCAAUGAGUCCCAGAAGCAACUGACCCCAGUUCCAGCCAAAAGGGAAUGGCCCUGCUAUCGUCAGGCACCACCAAUUGAUUGUGAGGCACAGGAUGCCAUAUUGGAGAACAGUGAGGUGUCCUGCUCCACUUGCUCUGCUGUCAUCAACAAGACUUGUCCUGGCUUCAAAAAACACUUGAAGAUCUGUCAAAAGGCACCCAUCAAUGAAGAAACUGAGUUGGAUAGUAUAAGGGAGGAAGAGAAAGAGCAGCCUGCCACUGACAAGGCAAAACCAGAUCCAGCCUUUAUGAAAAUAAAGAAAAGACUGGAGGAGAAGGGUAAAAAUAAAAAGAAUGCCACAAUGGAGCCUGAGGAGUUGUUGGACUUAGAGCGCACUCCCAGUGGCAGGGUGAGGAGGCGAUCUGCCCAGGUAGCUGUAUUCCACCUGCAGGAGAUUGCAGAGGACGAACUGGUUAAGGAUUGGGGAGCAAAACGUCGCAUCAAAGAUGACCUUGUCCCGGAUAUUAAGAGGUUAAAUUACACACGACCUGGCAUUCCCAAAUAUAACCCUGAAACAUUGGAUACUUGGAAAAAUGAAGUGAAGGAAAAAGGGUUCAUAUGUUGUCCCAAUAGUAGCUGUGAGGCCAUUUAUUCAAGUGUAUCAGGACUCAAAGCUCAUCUUACCAGCUGCAUCAAGGGAGGUUUCAUCGUAGGGAAGUAUACAUGCUUACUGUGCCAGAAGGAAUUCAGCUCUGAGAGUGGGGUAAAAUACCACAUUUGUAAGACACAUUCUCAGAAUUGGUUUCGAGCAACAGGCCACGUGUCUAACAGCAAGACCAAAGAUUCACAGAGCAAGAAGCUACAGAAAGACCUGAAAAAUGGUGUACCCUGGAAGAAAAGGGGUCGAAAACCCAAAGAAGAUCUUGUUGAAAGAGCCUCCAUCCGAGAAAAGACUCUGAAAAGUAGUGUUGGGCCUUCCAUGAAUCACCAAACUUUAAAUCCAAACAAAAGCCUAACACCCAUCCAAACACAGAGUCAGAACUCAGCCUGCAUCACCCCCAACAAUACCUUAACACCAACAGAUGGUAAAAAUGUAACCCAAAACAGAGAUUUGUGGCCUCGUGUUAAGAAAAGAGCCAAGCCAAAGAAAGCACCACUCACAGAAUAGCAUGGCUUUCACCACUUCAAUUCUAGACAGGAUGCAGUUAGCAAUUGCCUGUAAACAAACAAAAUAAUAAUAAAUAUAAUAAUAAUAACAAAUAAUCAGUAAUCAUUUCUGUUGUUAAAUAUUAAACUUACAAUGAUAUAAUGAAAUAGCA